UGUGGUUGUUCAUUUUAUCGGAUUUCUAAUCUGUAACUAAAAGUCUCUGCUUUUAACAAUACUGAAGGUCUUAGAAUAAUUUAAUAUAUAAUAUCAACGAUGUUAAUAAAUACAGCAGUGUUGUUUCUUGUGAAUAAACAGACAUUGCAAUAUCAAAUGCCUUAUUAUAUUGAAAUUAAAUUUUGUGUUUAGUGGAACCUUUUGGACAUGUAUUGUUUUUUGAAAAGGAAAACUGUAAAUUAAAAGUAAUGCCAAUACUUCAAUGGAUGAUUUCAUUGGGAAUUAAUAUAUCAGCUGUGCGACUUCUCAGAUAACCUAUUUAAACUAGGUAUUCAGGUGUGAUUGGAUACAUUUCAAUUACAUUCUACAGAUUCUUUCCUUAUAUCUGGAAAUGGGGAGUGAGUUAGAUGAAAUCAAAGAUAAAUUAUCAGGUUCAUGGGUGUUAGACAGGUCUGAAAAUUUUGAGGAGGCUCUUCAAGAAAUGGGACUAAAUGUUGUGUUCCGGAAGUUAGCUAGCCAUGCCAAGCCAAGUAUGGAAAUACAAGUGGAAGACGGGAAAGUUAAGAUUAUUGCCAAAGCUUCAUUCUUCACACAAACUAUGACUUUUCCUAUAAAUGAACCGUAUGACCAAGAAUUUGAAGGGAUCAAAAUGAAAUGUUUAACAAAAUGGGAAAAUAACAAACUGAUCACCGAAGCCAAUCCUGUGGAACCAGAAAAAGACAAGCCUCAGAAAUUUCAUAGGGAACGAAUAAAUGACGAACUUGUUCAGACGAUGUGGAUAGGAGAUGUUAAAUGUACUAGAUGGUUCAAACAACAGACGUGAUGGAAGAAAAGGAUAAUUUAAAAUAAAUUGACUUUUAUAUCGUGUCUUUCAAUUUGUAUACGUUGUAAUGCUUUUUGUCGCGAACGUCAGUUGGUCUUACCGCUUUUUGUAUUAUUAUAUUUUUCUUAAAAUUACUAUUAUUAUGGAGGGGAAAAUAUUUUUUCUAAGAGUUGAAUUUUGUUGUCACUCAUGAAAAUUUUGAUAAAAAGAAAUUACUUACUUUUAAAUUAAAUAAUUCGAAUAAGUGACCAAAUGAAAUAAGUAUUACACAGAAUUUUGUAUUCCAAAGACAUAAUGUCGGCAAUUAUUAUUCCACCCCAUAAGCAUAAAGUACAUAUCUGUUCAAAUUGUUUUUUUACAAAUAAAAUGCACAUCAAAAUUGCCAUCAGUGCAAUACAACUCUUUCUUACUCAAGAAGUAGCUAUCAUAGUAAUGUUGUGACUUCAAGAUUUUAAAAGCUUGCUUUAAAUAUAUGUAUUUUACACCGAAGAAAUGAUUUAUCGUGUUUUCAUUUUGUAAAGAAACAAAUGGAUCAUAUGACACUUAACGAUGUUUGCAUAAUUUGUGGUUGUUUAAAGAAAAUGAAAGUAUGCAUUUUUGUUUGUUUAUUACAAGAAGAAACAUAUUUUAACAAAUCACGUGAAAAUACUUUGCAAGUGCGUGUCAUAAAAGAAAUCUCGUUUAACUGAAUACCAACUUCAACAAGUAUGGCACAUUUAAAGCAUUGUUUUUACUGCUACUGAGGAUUUAAGUCAUCUACACUGGGAUAGUCAUAUUCUUGAAGUCAGGAAUCCUUGGUUAGGAAAAGGCAUCGACAGAGCUCACAUGUUUUACAUUUUGGACGAACGAUUAUGUUGGUAAAAUCCCUGGAAGAUAGCUUUGUAAAAACACUCAUGAAAAUAGCCGAAUCCACGACCCUCUUGAUAUGUGGUUGAUGCCACUACCGUUAAAAACUUAGCAACAGAUAAACAAUUUUCAACUAUAUGAUACAUUUUGAAAUUUCAGUUCCAUGAUCAAUACACCGAGGUAUAACGGCUAAUGUGUGACAGAAAAAAUAAUGUUUUUACUGAGCAAAGAUUCAUAUGUAUUUAUGCAAUAUGUACAUAUUCUAUUCGAAUUAUUAUGUUUUUUUUUCACGUACUUAAAGAUUUUCAAAAUUUGUUUUUUAUUGUUGGUAUUUAUAAUUUGCAGAACUGUAUGUUUAGUAUAUGGCAAAUUCAUAAUGUUUAAAUGUUUUCGCUUUUUGAAAUAUUGCUUUUGUCUUUCUUAAUACAUGUGCAAUAUGAUUAAUAAAAUC